AUGGGCAUUCUCGAACAUCUCAAGCCCUCGAGAGGCCUCCGUGGAGGAUGGCUGACCUUUUGGUUCGCCGUGGGAUGCGGUGCUGACAUGGCGCUCUACGGUUACGACCAGGGAGUCUUCGGUGGCGUCGUGAUCUCCCCCGACUACCUCCGCGUGCACGAUCUAGAAGGACCAUCAAGGACAAAUGUUCUCAGCACAGUGACGGCCAUCUACAAUGUCGGCUGUUUCUUGGGUGCGGUUUGCGCUACAUGGGUAGGCGGAAAGCUGGGGCGCAAACGAUCCGUUAUUCUGGGAAUCGCCAUCAUGACCGUCGGCGCUAUACUACAAACCACUUCCUAUGGCGUGCCCCAUAUGAUAAUCGGCCGGAUUGUCUCUGGCAUUGGGAAUGGAAUCAACUCUUCCACUGUGCCUGUUUGGCAGUCUGAGACCGCUCCGGCCAGGUUGAAGGGAAAGCUGGUCAUUUUGCAGAACGCUCUUUUACUUGUUGGCUUUUCGAUGUCCAACUGGAUCAACUAUGGCCUUGCCUUUGCCGACGGUCCUGUUUCCUGGCGCUUCCCGCUCGCUUUUCAGCUUGUCUUUAUUAUCAUGAUUUAUCUAGUCAUUCCAUGGCUCCCGGAGUCACCGAGAUGGCUCGUCAUGAAGGGGCGAGAUGAAGAGGCGUUGAAGAUCCUAUCGGACAUCGAGGACAAACCCACAAACGACGCUUUAGUCGUCUCUCAAUUGCAAACUAUCAAGUACACCGACGAAUACGAACGCACAAACGGGAUGAGUUGGGGAGAACUUCUGCGAGGAAAAGGCUCCGGCAAAACCGGCACCAAGACAAUUCGUCGAUUGAUUUUGGGAAUGGGAACGCAGUCUAUGCAACAGUUCGCCGGCAUUAAUGUCACAUCAUACUACAUGCCAACAGUCCUAACAACGUCCGUCGGGUUGAGCCCUGACCUAGCACGACUCCUGGCCGCCUGCAACAGCGUUCAGUACCUCCUUUGGUCGUUCCUCGGUAUCAGACAAGUCGACCGCUGGGGCCGUCGUAAAACCAUGAUCUUCGGCGCAACAGGGCAAUGCUUCUGCUAUAUCAUCAUCACUGCCCUUAUCCGAUACAACGAGAUGCCUGGGUAUCCAAACGCACAGCAAGUCGCGUCUGCCUCCGUGGCGUUCUUCUUCCUCUACUAUGUUUUCUUCGGCAUUGCCAUGCAAGGCAUACCGUGGUUAUACCCCACCGAAAUCAACUCCCUCACAAUGCGAACAAAGGGCGCUGCCAUCGGCGCCGCAAUAAACUGGAUUCUUAACUUCAUGGUCGUUGAAAUCACGCCUAUCGGGAUUCAGAACCUCGGCUGGCGAUUCUAUAUCAUCUGGAUCGUCCUCAAUGCGGCAAUGGUGCCCACCAUGUACCUUUUCUAUCCGGAGACUGCGGGACGCACACUAGAGGAUAUGGACGAGUACUACCGCACAAACCCACCUCUGUUGGUCUAUCGUGACAAAGAGGCCGUUUCGGCCAAGAGACCGGAACGGUACAGACUCAGGGAAGAGGAGGUUAUUCGGAAGAACGAUUUCGGGCAGGGUUCCGCUGGAGAGGAGGGUGAGAAGAAAGAGGAUGGGCUCGUUCAGCACCACGAGGUUGUAGCGCGCUGA